AAGUAGCCCAAGAUUUAUAACCUUCAUCACUUUAUAACCAAUGUUUUCUUAUCUGGGGUAAAUUAGGCGCAGAGGGAGAUGGAAAGAGUAUGCGUCAUUUCUAGCAGACCAUAGUUCCGAGAAGUACAUCUAAGGAAGUGCACAGUUCGAGAUCUGAGUCUUUCCUGCCAAGGCUUUUAGCUCCGAGUCAUUUCAGCAAUUCUCAGUUACCAGAACCACAACCGAUCUGCAUCACACGGUGUUGCUCACCGAUAGGCAUUCAAAUCCCCGUCUUUUCUAGCUUCCUCAGUAAUCCACUUCAAUAAAUUCUUGGCAGUGGCUUGUUCAACACCCAGAUAGGAGCUUCUCUUCUCAUUCAUUAUCCCGUUGGUUUUCCCCUCUCCACCAUGUCUUCGAAAAGCAGACUCAGAUUUAUGUCCAUUGGCUUCUUCCUUUUUAUUCUACUGAGUACCCCUCUUCUGAUCAAGGCCAACGAAUCAGAAGUCGGUGACGAAGACUUGGAUGGCCUUGAAGAACUUUUGGCGGCAGAGAAAGAAGAGGAAGAGGCACUGAAGGAUCAGGGAGACAAAUUUAGCGAGGCAGAGAUUGUUAAAAGAGCCCAGGCGAUAGUCGUGGAGCUGAACAACGAUAAUACUGAGAGAAUUGUGGGGAGCAAUGAGUAUGUCUUGGUGAUGGGAUAUGCAACAUGGUGUGCAAGAAGUGCAGAACUGAUGCCCCACUUUGCUCAGGCAGCAAAUUCUCUCAAGGAAAUGGGUAGUUCUCUCGUUUUGGCAAAGGUGGACGCAGAGCGCUAUUCGAAAGCUGCCACUUUCUUGGGUGUCAAGGGUUUCCCAACCUUGCUUCUGUUUGUCAAUGGAACGGCUCAGCCUUACACUGGAGGCUUCACAGGGGAGGAAUUGGUGAUAUGGGCAACAAAGAAAACAGGUGCACCAGUUGUUAGACUAUCAUCUAAGGUUGAGGCCCAAAAGUUCCUAAACAAGCACCAGACAUUUGUCAUUGGCUUAUUUGAGAACUUUGAGGUGCCAUCUCAUGAAGAAUUUGUUAAAGCAGCAAUAUCCAACAAUGACAUUCAGUUUGUUGAAACCAGUGAUGUCAAAGUUGCUGAAAUUCUAUAUCCUGGAAUCCCUUCUAAAAGUAGUUUCGUUGGCUUUGUGAAAAGCGAGCCAGAGAAAUUUGUUGCAUUUGAGGGUGCUCUCAAGGAGGAAUUGAUUCUGAAGUUCACUGAAGAAAACAAAUUUCCAUUGGUUACUGUGCUAACUGAGCUUAAUGCACCCAGAGUUUAUGGUAGCUUGACAAAUCUGCAGGUUUUUAUCUUUGCGGAGGUUGAUGACUACCAAAGCCUUCUGCCUUUCCUUCAAAAUGUUGCAAGAAAGUUCAAGUCUAAGAUAAUGUUUAUAUACGUAGAUCCUGCUGAGGAGAACCUUGCAAAACCUAUUCUGAGCCUGUUUGGACUGGAAACAGAAGAGCCAAUUGCACUUUCACAUGAUUACAAACAUGGUCUCAAGUAUCUGUUGGACUCGAAGCUGACCAUGAGCAGUCUAGAGGAAUUUUGCUCUGGUCUACUCAGUGGCACUCUUUUACCCUUUUACAAGUCUGAGCCAGUGUCAGAAAAUAAUGACAUCGUCCAGAAAGUAGUAGGGAAAACGUUUGAUAUUGUGGUGCUGGAGAACACUCAAAAUGUUCUGUUAGAGGUCUACACACCAUGGUGCAUAAACUGUGAUGUCACGAGCAAGCAGGUGGAAAAGUUAGCUAAGUAUUUCAAGGGACAGCCAGAUCUAAUUUUUGCAAGAAUAGAUGCAUCUACGAAUGAGCAUCCAAAGCUGCAGGUGGAUGAUUUUCCCACUCUCUUAUUUUAUCCUGCUGGCGACAAGUCCAACCCUAUUAAAGUGCCAACAAAGUCGAGCUUGAAAGAAUUGGCGGCCUCCAUUAGUAAGAGAAUUAGAGGUGAAGGACGUGAAUCGAGCAAAGACCAGAUAAAGGACGAGCUUUGAUAAAUUUCAGAACCUCUAAAAGCGACCAAAAACACACAAGCUUAAAUAUCUUUCAGGAAUUGCCAACGUUCUUGCAAGCAGCUUAUUAAUUGAAAACCUGCAAGAAUGUGAAACCUGUAAUUGGUCUAUAUAGAUCCAGGGAAAUUCUGUUUUGUGGUCAGAUGAAAUAUUUAUUGGCCUUCAUAUGUUAAGUCCACAUAACUUGCUGGAAUUCGUCAUUGAAAGAAAAUGCUGUAAAAGAUGCACAGUUCUAUA